AAAAUCAAAAACAAAGAAAACAGAAACAGAAAAUACACUUUAAAAUCUCUCCUUUUCUUUCUCUCUCACUCAGUGGUGCUCAUUCUCCGCCCAGUUUCGGCUCCACUUUCACCGGAGCUGAAACGCCUACCUCCCAACUUCACAUCCUCUACAAAACCCAUUAACCCCUUUUCCCCAUUCUCUCAACUGUCACCGCCAUGUGAUUCAAUCUAUCCUCUACAAGCAAGCAAAUCCAUGGACGAACCAGCUCAACUUGGGAUCGAGAAUGGCGAUGAAAAUGAGAUGCCCACGUCGAGAAUUGAUGAUAAAAGUCUCAGCAUUGCGGAGAGACGGGCCGUAAAAUGUGGGUUCAAGGCUGAGAGGAUCCACACAGCCCGGUUUCGGGCCGCCGGGCCGGCAGGUUUGGGUUCGGGCUCGCCCGCGGCCCUGUCGCCGUGCCUCACUAUUCCACCGGGGAUUAGCCCCACCGCGUUGCUUGAUUCUCCCAUCAUGUUGCCCAAUUCUCAGCUAUCUCCUACUACUGGAACUCUUCCACUGCCGCCUUUUAAUCAUGAAAGUUCAAUGCCAAAUACAUUGAGUCCUGCAGAUGAGGACACAGGUGGCAGUGCAGGUUCCUUCUUCAGAUUCAAACCUCAAGGGAUGCCGGAUUCUCUACCAGACUUUUCUAGUUCAGAGGAUAAGCUAUCUCCUACUACUGGAACUCUUCCACUGCCGCCUUUUAAUCAUGAAAGUUCAAUGCCAAAUACAUUGAGUCCUGCAGAUGAGGACACAGGUGGCAGUGCAGGUUCCUUCUUCAGAUUCAAACCUCAAGGGAUGCCGGAUUCUCUACCAGACUUUUCUAGUUCAGAGGAUAAGAAAGCUGAUGUUGAUUAUCAAGCUCUUUUCACAGUGGACCUACCAAUGGAUUUUGAAUAUUCAGCGGAGGUUCCAAAAGAGAAUACUGCUAAGAGUUGUACUGUUGAUUCAGUUAAUGAUGCCAAAGUUUCUAAGAACAUGAUUGUGAAUGAUAACUGUGGCAAUUUGCAACUGCAUUGUUCUGAUAGGGAUGGUGAUCUAACUUCUUUGCACAAAGAACCCAUCCAUGGGGAGGAUGUAGGGAUGCAUCACCUUUUGGAAGUAGACCAGAAGAGAACAAACCCUCCACUGGGAGUGGUAAAUACCUCAGAAGACGUUUACAACUGGAGAAAAUAUGGGCAGAAACAGGUAAAAGGUAGUGAAUAUCCUAGGAGCUAUUAUAAAUGCACCCAUCCCAAUUGUUUGGUGAAAAAGAAGGUAGAGCGUUCCUAUGAUGGACAAAUUACAAAAAUCAUAUACAAGGGUGCUCAUAACCACCCGGAACCUCAGCCUAGUCGUCGACCAUUGCUUGGAUCAGCAUUUUCAUUGGAUGAAAUGUCAGAGAGAAGUGAAGGCAGUGGAAACUGUUUCAGAGUUGAAGAUGGGAAGGAUAACAAACUUGGUUCUGACUGGCGGGUUGAUGGUCAGGAAAGAACAUCCUCUGCUUCUGUUAUUACUGAGCUCUCUGAUCCAUUAUCGCCCACCCAUGGCAAAUCUGUUGGUACUUUUGAAUCUUCAGAUACUCCAGAGCUUUCAUCUACACUUGCCAGCCAUGAUGAUAAUGAUGAUGGCGGCACCCUGGGAGGCAUAUUACAUGGUGAUGAUGCCAAUGAUGAUGAACUGCAGUCUAAAAGAAGGAAGAUGGAAAGCAGCUUGCUUGAAACCAAUUUGGCAUCAAGAGCUGUUCGUGAACCUAGAGUUGUCGUCCAGAUAGAGAGUGAAGUAGACAUUCUUGAUGAUGGGUAUCGCUGGCGGAAGUACGGGCAGAAAGUUGUCAAAGGAAAUCCUAAUCCUAGGAGCUAUUACAAAUGCACGAGUGCUGGUUGUUUAGUCAGAAAGCACGUGGAAAGAGCCUCACACGAUUUGAAAUGUGUUAUCACAACUUAUGAGGGAAAACACAAUCACGAAGUGCCCGCAGCCAGGAACAGCACUAAUGUUAAUUCAAGUGUCAGUAAUUUACUCCCAGCUGUUGCUGAUGCUCAAACAGGCUUGACAUUGCCAAGAAACACCUAUGCCGCAAAGUCUGAGCAACAAAUUCAAGAUAUCGCACCACGUUUUGAAAGGAAACUUGAAUAUAACAAUGAAUAUUUGAGGCCUGGGUUUCUUGGGAAUUUCAGUAAUGAUAUGAAGUUUGGGAUUCCAUCCAUUUACCUAAUGAAGUUUCCGCCCUUACAAAAUCCUUACAGCUCUUUUGGACUAAACACCAACUGCAGUGUAACUCCUCCUCAGUCUGGUUCUGUCGACUCAGCUGUUCCCAAUUUCCCAUUUUCGUUGCCGUGGAGUCUCCCCACAUCAUCAAAUCUUUCUCUGCCUGCUUGUGAUUUUAGUAACAAUAAUGGAAAGCCGGUAGGUCCGGUUCAAUCUUUCCUUUCCGGGCAGCAGCUGAAGGAGAAUGAUAUGAGAUUCCUCAGGCCAAAGCAGGAGCAAAAGGAUGAUACCCUCUAUGAUGCUUGCCUGCCCGUUGAUAAUACAAGUUUAUCCUCUUCGUCUUCAUCGUCAGUCUAUCACCAGGUGACGGGCAAUUUUCCGUCUUAACACAUGAUUCAAAGGUAACAAAUUUGGACUGCAUUGUCUGUUUAUCACCAGGUGAUGGACAAUUUUCCAUCUUAAUACAUGAUUCAAAGGUAACAGAUUCAGACUCUGCUCGCUUUUCUCUUAAAUUCUAAGGUUUCUAGCAAUAUUUUACUGCUACUACACUUUCUUUUUUGCUUAAUCUCGAUAUCGAAGCAUCUGAAAUUUUUGCCUAAAAAUUUGCGUACAACUGUAUUUACUGCAUUCUUGUUAGUUUUCAAUUUUAUCAAGAGGAAUUUUUCUUUACAGAGUACAAAAUUGAUUAGUAGCUCUCUCUUUCUCUCUUGCUUCAGUGUUGAGUUUCUGCUUGCUUUUGAUUAACUCCAAUUUUUGUGGCCAUUUAAAGAUUGUAAUAUUAUUACCGGAAUUUUAUUUAUUUGCUUAAGCUUUUAGGUGAAAUGAUUAUUUAUUGAAACUAGUUCCUUGGAAUUUUACAG